AUGGCCGCCGUUCCGUCCACCGCCGAAAGCGGCGUCAUCCAUGUCGGCACGCGCAAGUCAGCGCUGGCGAUGAAGCAGGCCGAGAUCGUCGUCGAGGGCCUCUCCAAGGCGCGGCCUGAUGUGUCGUUUGAGAUCCACGGCAUGCAGACCCUGGGCGACAAGGACCAGAUCACGGCGCUGUACAACUUUGGUGGCAAGGGCCUGUGGACGUCGGAGCUCGAGGCCAAGCUCGCGGCUAAGGAAAUCGACAUCAUCGUCCACUCCCUCAAGGAUAUGCCGACCACUCUCCCGGACGGCUGCACCCUCGGAUGCGUGACCAAGCGCGAGGACCCGCGCGACGUCGUCGUCUUCAAGGCCGGCCUCGCCGAGAAGCACGGCUGGAAGACCCUCGCGGACCUGCCCGAGGGCAGCGUCAUCGGCACCAGCAGCGUGCGCCGCAUAGCACAGCUGAAGCGCCGCUAUCCGGGCCUGAAGUUCGCCGACGUGCGCGGGAACAUCGAGACACGCCUCCGAAAGUGCGACGACCCCGAGGGCCCCUUCUCGGCCAUCAUCCUCGCGGCCGCCGGCCUGCUGCGCAUGGACUACGGCGCGCGCAUCUCGCAGUUCCUUGAGUCGGAGAACAGCGGCACCCUGCACGCUGUCGGACAGGGAGCGUUGGGCAUCGAGGCGCGGACGGGCGACGAGCGGGUGCUCGCCGUGAUAAAGGAGCUCGAGGACAAGCCGACGAUGCUGGCCUGCUUCGCGGAGCGGAGCGUCAUGCGCACGCUCGAGGGAGGAUGCAGCGUGCCCAUCGGCGUUGAGACGACCUGGGUCGAGGACGGCAAGAAGUUGCGGCUCAAGGCGACGGUGGUGCACGCCGACGGCACGCGCGGGGUGGACACGGAGAUGGUCGAGGUCAUCACCACCGCGGAGGAGGCCGACGACUUUGGCAAGGUGGUGGCACAGGCCCUCGUGGACAGAGGCGCACAGCAGAUCCUAGACGACAUCAACCAGGUACGGCCGGGCAACCAGACGGCGACGGAAGCGACUAUCCCCUCAUCAUAA